AUGAAGUAUAUGGCCACUACUCGGUCGGACUCGCAGGCAUUUGGUGUGCUUCAACGUUACUUGGAUCCACCAAACACGGGUUUGUCUCUUGAGCACGCCACGGCCUUGAUCCAUGAGCUGCUGGACCCGGUGGGCCCAGGGAAACCUAUUGAAUACCCCCGGGGCGCAUUCGGGCAUGUUGUCAUCGAGGUAGCUCAACAAAUUCCUCAUUCACAUCCGGCCAAAGACCAUCUCGCGCGGCUGAUACAGCGCCUGACACAAUCCACUCAGUCGAGUGACCUCGAGAAACCUCAGGAAGAGUAUGGCCACAAUGCUCACGCGAGUCAAAUCAACCAUCCAGCGCAAUUUGAGCCUUCCACCUCUGCGCAGGCAUAUUACGUUGACCUCAGCGCCUUUCUGGCUCGCCUAACAGCAGACGGGGUCAUCAGUAGCCCCUCAUGGGCCGUCUCCACCAUGUGCGAGACUCUCGAAGAAAACAGUUCUGAAAAUCCGGAAAACUAUAGUGAACGUAUCAGUGGAGCCACCGUUUGGUUCCUCUACCCAGCGCCGUGUCUCUUUCGUACUGUGGUUCAAGAGCCCCCGGCGGAGGACGAGACAGACAGCAGCUUUAGUUGUGGUCUGUUCUAUACCGGGCCAACGUUAGGUAUGGAGAGAUGGAGAUUCUGGCAGAAAGCCUUGGUUGCAGUCGAAGGAAGUAGGGCCAAUGCAGAGUGCCAGCAACUGGCACCCAAGGCAGCAGAUGUCAUGGAGCCUCUGGUUCAACAUAGCUUGGGGGAGCUGGUGGAAAUCCACUUGAUAUAG